AUGGCUCUGCCACGUUUCUUCCUUCGUGCAACAAAUUUAGCAAGAAACCCUUCAAUUUUCAGUCAGAAUUCCUAUAAAGUAACGUCAAGGUAUUUUCAUGUUUCGAACUGCGCAUUCGCAGAGAGGUUAUACACUGAUAAACACGAAUGGGUCGAAAUCAACAACAAAAUAGGAACUAUAGGUAUAUCAGAGUACGCACAGGAAGCUUUAGGAGAUGUAGUAUAUGCACAACUACCAGAUGUUGACACUGUACUUCUUCAGAAAGACGAAUGUGGCGCAUUAGAGAGUGUGAAGGCAGCUAGUGAAAUUUAUAGCCCAGUAUCUGGAAAAGUUGUUGAAAAGAAUGUUGGAGUAGAAGAUACGCCAUCUCUAAUCAACUCCUCAUGUUACGAAAAAGGAUGGCUCUUCAGAGUGGAACUAACCAACGAGAGUGAGAUAUCCAAACUGAUGUCAGAAUCACAGUACAAAGAAUUCCUUAAGACUCAAGAAUCACACUGA